AGCGGGGUAGAGACAACACCCAAUAGGAAGGUACCGUUGAAGCCCAGGCAGCCAUAACUGAUAAUGGCAACGGGAGUUUACGGGCCUCCCGUCUCCCGCGUGACGUAGUUUUCCCUUCGUCCUAUCCCUCCGUUGCCCUGGCAACAGCUAAGCGGUCUGGGAAGAGAAGCAUCUUUCCUUCUCUAGGCUUGAAUAAAAAAUUGUCAGUCAUUUUGGUGAUACCGGGUUGGAUGCCUAAAGCUGCAAAGGAAAAAGACCAGGAGAACCUUCAGGAAAAACUAUAUCCAGCAAUUCAGAUAUGGCAGAGGUGAAGUCCAUGUUCCGGGAAGUUCUUCCAAAACAAGGGCAGUUGUCUGUGGAAGAUAUAACCACAAUGGUGCUGUGUAAACCCAAACUUUUACCCUUAAAAUCUCUAACUAUGGAAAAACUGGAGAAAAUGCAGCAAGCAGCACAAGAAACAAUUCGCCAACAAGAAAUGGCAGAAAAGGACCAACAGCAAAUGACUCGCUGAAUAACUUAGCACUUCUACCUUACUAUUAACAGUAGCUAGAAAAUAAUCCACCUGUAUGCUGAAAGUAGUAUGUGUUAAUAAAACUGAUAUUCAUAUAGGUAAUAUAAAGUACCCAAGACUAAUGAAACCUGCAUGGUUUGUAAUGAAUAUAAGCCAUUAACCAAACUAACCCAAAUCUUGUGUUUUUUUACCCAAGUUUUUAGAACUACCAAUUAGGUUAGUGUUCACCAUUACCAUUACACAGCUGAUACCAUUCUUAGGCAUAAGUGACUAAAUACAACUUUUAUAUUCAGAGAAUUUUUAAUGUUUAUUAAAAACUGAAUUUAGAGAUACAUUCGAAUCUUGCAUUAAGUGUUCAAGAUGGACUUUUACAUUACCUAAUUUUUAAAACUUUUUAUGAAUUUGGUGUGACAUAUCAUGUUUAAGGCUAUUUUGCCUUAAACAGAUCCUACUAGUCAUGACAAAACUCUAUUUCUUAAAAUAAACUUAAGAAACCCUCACAUGAGCUUUUAAUUAUACUGAUUUCAAGGACUUAAUGAAUUACUGGCUACCUUUAUCAUCCAGGUAUCAAAACCCUAGAAAUGGAAAACAACAUGGAUUUAAAAGAGCCCAUGAGAUAAACAUGAAAUUCAAUCUGUAGUGUUAGUCCUAAAAGAGUGUACUGAAACCUAUAAUAAAUAUAUUCCCAAAAAUACCUUUGUAAAUUCUGAAUAUAAUCCUUGGUUGGUUGGCUGCAAUCAGUAAUAGACAAUUUAAAUUAGCAGACCUUAAGGCCUUCCUGCAUAAUUAAAGCUCUGCAAAAGAAGUUAGAAAUGUGAUCAUUCUUCAGAUAAUUAUUUAUUGGUAACUACUAUUUUCUCAGACACUGAAUAAAUGCAAAACUUUGAGUCUUGAAGAAUAAUAUUUUGAGACAUUAUUUGGUAAUAGAACUUACUAAUGAUGAAAAAAGGCCCUGGCUGGUUUGGCUCCGAAGGGUCUCAGGUUCAAUUCCCAGUCAAGGGCAUGUACCUGGGUUGCAAAUUCAAUCCCCGGACCCUACUAGGUCGGGAUGUGUUCAGAAGGCAACCAAUUGAUGUUUCUCUUCUCUUCUCUCUUUUGCUAAUCCCUUCCUUUUCCCUUCCCUUCAUCCCUUCCACUCUCUCAAAAAAUAAAAAUAAAAAUAAAAGGAAUGGAAAGAAUAUCCUUGGGUGAGGAUUAACAACAACAAAAAAAGAGAAUGAUGAAAGGUAACAUAUAUUUUAGAAAUUUCAUUAGGCUAUAGAUAAAAACUUUUUUAAAGUGUGCAUGCAUUUCCCAAGUAUAAUAGUAAAAGAAAUUAUUACUAUUGUAUUUUUGAUAUAAAAGUUUGUAAGAAAGUUUAAAUUCACUAGGUUCAAAUGCACUCUCUUAUAUGAUUUUAUUUGCUAUAUGAAUAAAAGUAUUUUUAAAAACCUAAAAUAAAUGUACUCCCAAUAAAGAAUCAA